AACAGUAGAUCUAGAUGUUGCUCUUUGUACUUGGUACUUUGUAACCGGGACGUAACCUCAAGUUCUCAAGUUUGUACGUACUUACUUAUGACUAGUUGUUCGCACAUCAUUUUAAGCCGGAAUGGAGAUGCAAUUGGAUUUGGCCGGUAUGGAUGAAAAACGUGAAGUCCAGCAAUGCGGUAUCUGCAACAAAAACGACUACAAGUACGUAUGUCCGAGGUGCAACAUUUUGUACUGCUCUGUGCCUUGCUACAAAGCUCAGAUGCAUCUAGACUGCUCCGAGAGCUUCUAUAAGGAGUCGAUAGAAGCUAUGCUGAAAGCAGAAGGCAAGAAUUCUGAGUCGCGCAGGAAGAUGGAAGAGAUCUUGCGCAGAGUUAACGAACAGGAGUAUGACACAGAUGACAGUGAUGACAUUGAGGAUAUGUCAUCCAGACUUGAAGGCGUCAAUCUUGACGAUGCCCAGUCCAUUUGGGAAAAGUUGACCGAUGAAGAAAGAAAAGAGUUCAUGGAGUUGGUCAGGACCGGCGACGCCACUGCUCUCAUCCCAGAAUGGGAACCUUGGUGGUCUGAAAAGCACCCCAUCCCCAAAGUGCGAGACUUAGAAGAUGUAUCACACAACAAUUAUAAAAACAAUUGUCCUAAAUUGAGGAACGUACCUAAUCUGUCUCUAGUCACUAAAGUCGAACCGUCACCUUUAGUUUAUUUCAACUUGGUCAACACGAUCGCCGGUUAUACAUUGAUGAUGCGUUAUUAUAACGGAAGUUUUGAGAAUUUAACACUCGAAGCUGUCACAGUUUUUGUCAAUGUUACAAAAAACUUUUCUGGUGAGAGUUACCAAUCUGUCGAACUCGCUUUCGCUUCGGUCAGCGAGGCUGCCAACGUCUGCCCGUGGAUUGAAAUAGGACACGAGAACAUAUCCCAAAUGAAAUCGGACACGUUUAAAAUACUGGAAGGGCCCAAUGAAGAAGAGGCGGAUUUCUACGUGAGGGCUGCCCUUUCUGAUAUGCACAGUAUACUUCUCUCGGCGAAGAAGCAAAAGCCAAACAAGUCCCGACCGAUGAGCAAGUUCUCCCAGUACUUCCCCGAGCCGACUGACAACGUAAUUAACUUCGUGAACAAAGAGGUUUUGGCAAAGUGCAUCAAGAAAAUUGAAUAUUACGAAUCAUGGACUUUGGAAAGAUAUAUGACUUAUAACACAAGUUAACAUUCAUCACUUUGAUAUAUAAACAAAUUGUACAUAUUGUAAUAUAUUG